UUUGCAGCCGGAGCUGGUCGUAACCCAAAAAGUUUGUUAACAGAAGCGUUCGUAACCCGAGGUUCCACUGUAAAUCCUUCCUUUGAGAUUUUACAGAAGAAUUUUAUUUAGUUACAACAAACUUUGUCUUAAAAUGGAUUGAACACACAAGAACAAAUUUGUUAUGCAAGGAGAGGAGGCAGGAAACCUGCUUUCUUGAAGACUGCACUUUAAAAGACUUACAAAUCAAGCCUAUACUUUAAUCAAUAUUAAGUAUGAAUGCUGUCCCAGUUUACCAUGCUUCCUUAAAGAAGCUUGAUGGAAAGUCUUCAUGACUUUGGAACGUGACAAUAAUUGGUCAUAGUCCUUUCCUGGCCAAAAGAAAUGCCUUUCUUUCUGUCAGUAUUCCUGCAUAGCAACCUUCGGGUGUUGCCAAGAUAAACAAGAAGCACCUGUCCACAGUGCUCUGUUUCUUAGAAAAGCAGUGCUUUCAAAACGAUGCAUAAUAGCCUUUAACUGAUAAGCUGACAAAUCAAAGCAAAUUCUAAAAAUAUUAGCAUUGCAAAAGGUAGUUAACUGUGUAUUAACCUGGAAAGAUGUUCACAUUCAGAAUAAAAUAUAAUGGCAACUAAAGGCUUUUGAAGUUGUGAUUUCAUGUAUUCUUGCAUGUGUAUAACUAUUGUUAAAUUUAAUAGGGCUUAUUUCUGAGUAGCACAUUAAGGAUUGUACUAAACAGUUUGUUACCCCAAUGCUAUGCAAGUAGCCAUGUCAUGCAGUGGGACUUGCCUUCCUUAAACAGUGACUUUCCUCCCCACCCACCUCUCUCCUUCAGAUUUGAAAGAAUCCAUUUUACUGAUUGAUACUAUACUAUUAGUAGAUUGAAAUUGUUGGGUACAUUUCUCUGUUUGUAAAUUGUGCCAUAAAACUGCUCAAUUCUAUAGCACUGCAAAAAAAAAGAGACAGUCUGGUUAUAUUUAAAUUCCUGUCUGCAAUCUACUUCUAAAGUAGCUAUUUUUGGAAACCUCAGUGCAGAUGUUGAGCAAAACCAUUGCCCAACUUAACAAUGAAAUACUAAUUAAAUAUUAACUAUUGUAAGCCCUAAUGAUAAACUGAAGGAUGAAGAUUAAAUUCUGUGAAAAUAAUGUUUUAAGAGUUAACAGUGGUGUGUAAUAGAAUCAUCAGUGUGCUUGAAAUGCUUCUGUAAUUUCACUGUCCAAGGGCAAACUUAAAUAAAUAAUAAUCAUUCUGCAGAUUUUCAGCAUGAUUCAUAUUUAACCAAGAAAGGUCAACUGUCUGACAAUUUUAAAUAAGUAGUUUUCAAUGUUCAUAUUUAAACUUUUUAUACUCAAUUAGUAUGAUCAAUGUGCUUUCAGGUGUAAGAUAUGCAAAUUAAGUUAUCAUAGCUAUUUGCCUACUUUUGGCAUACUUAUUUCCAUGGUCUUGAUACAUAUUUGAUAAAAAAAAAAACUUCCUCUACGCUGCAGGCAAACUUGUGCCUGGAAAGAUUUAUCAUUUGCUUAUCUUGUCUGAAUAUUUAAUAUUGACGUCAUCAUGUUAGUUAAGACUCUGCAUCAGGCUGCAAAUGAAACUCAGACUUGGUUGGACACGGCUUCAGUUACUUGAAGUUGAAUGGCUGAUAAGUCAAAUGAUAUUUUGGGCUAUUUUGGAUGUAUUGGUGCUCAAGAAAGAUCUUAUCUUAGCUAAUGCAAAUUGUUUUUGGGAGGUAAUGCAAUGAAGAGAGCCUUUGAAAAUUAAUACAGUGGACUCUAGCAGAGAAAGUUGCCACAUCAGAAAGAAAUUUAAGACAAUCUGAAGCCAAAUGAGCUCUCCCGCAGAAGCAGCUACCCCAGUCCAGCUGUGCUUUAAGAUGAAUGGCUCCUGCUCAAGAACCCUACAUCCCUUUGGAGUCCAGCUAACCAUUUAUGUGGUCUGUGCUGCUGGUGUGUUACUUACCAUUAUGGGGAAUCUGUUGGUGGUGAUUUCUAUUUUCCACUUCAAAAUACUUCACACUCCCACUAACUUCUUGCUACUCUCUCUUGCCCUGGCAGAUCUCCUCCUGGGCUUAACAGUCCUUCCCUUCAGCACAAUCCGCUCUGUAGAGAGCUGCUGGUAUUUUGGGGAUGACUUUUGCCGGCUCCACACUUUUCUGGAUACAGUCUUUUGCUUGACUUCCAUAUUCCAUCUCUGUUUUAUCUCUGUUGACCGUCACUGUGCCAUCUGUGAUCCUUUGCUCUAUCCUACCAAGUUCACCAUACGGGUUGCUUGCAUCUACAUAGCCCUGGGAUGGGGGGUUCCUGUAGUUUACACUUCCAUCUUCCUUUAUAGCAAAAGAAUUGAGGAAGGGCUAGGUCAGUUUUUACAAGACAUGCCCUGCAUUGGGAGUUGUCAGCUGCUGUUCAACAAACUCUGGGGCUGGAUCAACUUUCCGGUCUUCUUCUUUCCUUGCCUCAUCAUGAUAGGGUUGUACAUCAAAAUAUUUAUUGUGGCAACUAGACAAGCUAAACAGAUCAGCAACAUGAACAAAAUCUCCAAGGGGAGCCAGCAUCAGACAGGAGUUGCAAAAAGAGAAAGGAAGGCAGCAAAAACUUUAGGUAUCGCAGUAGGAAUCUACCUCUUUUGCUGGUUGCCAUUUACAGUAGACACUAUUAUAGACAGUCUGCUGGAUUUCAUUACCCCUCCUGUUGUGUUUGAUGUUCUUAUCUGGUUUGCUUACUUUAAUUCUGCCUGUAACCCUCUGAUUUAUGUGUUUUCCUAUCGUUGGUUCAGGAAAGCCGUGAAGCUCAUUUUAACAUGCCAGGUCUUCUCUACAAGAACAUCUACAAUUGAUCUAUAUCAAGAGGAAUUAUCUAUAGUUGGGAGGGCAAAUAUGGUUGGCCCGAUAUAGUCUGAUGUCCGAGGAAAAGUAGAAAAUAGCAUGCACACCCACCUUGCAAUGAAAGUGCAUAAAAGUGAAGAUCAAUGAAGCUAUUUUGGUAUCAGACACAGGAAAUUCUUCCCCUUCCUGGCAGUCAAACAACAAUAAUGAAUUAAAUAGCUGAUCAUUUUCUGCCCUUCCAUGACCCCCCAAAUCACUUUCCUGAGGCAGCUGCUUUACUUUUCCUGAUAGGAGGGCUAAAGUCCACUGUUCUUUGACUAACUUCAUUCCAUUCUUCUCAAGGCAACAUGCAUGGAAUGUGGAAUACAUUGAAAAAGAUUAAGCACACGUAUAACCUACCGGUGAUGAAAGUGAUCUAUUCAUUUAUUUUUCUUUCUACAUUUAUUACAGGAAUGAUUUUGUUUUAGUAAUGAAAAGAAAGUGGUGUUGUCCAGAUGCAGCUAAUUCAGUUCAACCAAGGAGAGUCAAAGUAGGGUUGAAAGCUUGUACUGGGGUAAUCAGUAAGAUCAUGAACUGGGGAUUAAUUGUAGAAUUUUACUUGGUGACAUCAGCGAAUCAGUAAAUCAAAGCUCAUUUGCUUUUAAAGCGAUGUAUAUAUAUUUCAAAGUAUAAUAGAGAAUAAUAACAAAAAGAAAAAUCAAAAUAGAAAAAUAGAAAAAUAGAAAUAUUCUUUGUGAAUGAUGGCAUCUGUGGUUGCAUGUUCAAAACCUGUCACUAAUCAUCAUUACUUAUUUCUUAGGAGUUAUUAUUCCCCAUGUUUGAUCAUGUACUGUUUGCAAAUAAUGAACACAAAUGAAUCUCUUUGGAAAUGAUUAUUUGAUGUGAAGAAAUAUGCAAAUAUCGAUAUCCUGUUCAAUAUCUUUUAGCUUCAAUUAUAUAUAAGCAGUAAAAGCUGAGC